GAGCGCUGUCGCUGAGGUGGCGCCGUUCCCGAGGCUUCUCUCCUCCGCCUCAGCUCGGAGGGAGUCGGGAGGAUGGCUUCGGAGAUGGAGUCGUCCCUGGAGGUCAGCUUCUCGUCCAGCUGUGCGGUGUCAGGGCCGUCCGGGUGUCUGCCUCCCGCCCGCUCCCGCAUCUUCAAGAUCAUCGUGAUCGGCGACUCGAACGUGGGCAAGACGUGCCUGACUUACCGCUUCUGCGCCGGCCGCUUCCCCGACCGCACCGAGGCCACCAUCGGGGUGGACUUCCGAGAGCGAGCCGUGGAGAUCGAUGGCGAGCGCAUCAAGAUCCAGUUGUGGGACACUGCAGGACAAGAGCGGUUCAGGAAGAGCAUGGUUCAGCACUACUACAGGAAUGUGCAUGCUGUUGUGUUCGUGUACGACAUGACCAACAUGGCCAGCUUCCACAGCCUGCCCUCUUGGAUAGAGGAAUGCAAACAGCACUUGCUGGCCAAUGACAUUCCUCGAAUUCUGGUUGGAAAUAAAUGUGACUUGAGAAGCGCCGUUCAGGUGCCCACAGACUUGGCACAAAAGUUUGCUGACACACACAGUAUGCCUUUGUUUGAGACCUCUGCUAAAAACCCCAAUGAUAAUGACCACGUAGAAGCUAUAUUUAUGACAUUGGCUCAUAAGCUGAAGAGCCACAAGCCACUGAUGCUCAGCCAACCGCCAGAUAACAGAAUUAGCCUGAAACCGGAAACAAAGCCUGCCAUGCCAUGCUGGUGCUAAGUCACAGGUAUGGCCGUUCCGGGUCUGACCGAAGGGACACUUCUGAUAAGUGUAAUUAGGUCCGUAAGAUUAAAUCUUAAAUAUAAUGGGUCGUCCUGUGUCUGGCAUUAUUGUGCUGCCUUUUGUAUUCUGCAUCCUCUUAAUAAGCUUGUCUCCAUGACAGCGCAGGAAGCCGGCCUGUUUACAGCGGGUGAGCCAGGCCGCCUUUCCUGUGCAGCCCGCUGAAGGCAGCCCAAGUGUCCCUGGACCAUAGAAGAAAUGCCGCGUAGAGCUAAAGGCAAAUGACGAGCUACUAAGGGGCUUUUAUUUUACCUUGGCAUCUAAGCACUAAAAACUAAUCAGAGGCAUCCAAACAGUUGUAACGGGAGUUUAUUUUCACCAUGACUUUUAAUUGAAAUAUCAGAUCUUUGCCAAGCUGGUUCCUGGUGCCCCCUGUCCUCUGCUCCUAGUCAUUUGGCUGACUCAGGGCCAGAUUCAGUCAGUAGCCAUAUGGCUGAGAGCUCUGAGGGCACGCCUCAAGUUGCUGAGUCUACAUGUAUUCCUGUAAUAGUAUUGUUGGGUCGGUUUUUCUAAAUAUUUGAAUUUUAUGGCCACACACUGUUCCUUGGUAUGAAAAAAUGAAUUCAAUAUUGAAAAAUAUCUUACCUGUCCCUCAGUGGUCAAAGAAGUAGUUAAAAAAAUUUUUUUUGCCCUAAAUACUUUUAGUUUGAAUUUAAGACUUUGCACAAAGAAAAUGGCACAUUUGCAUAUGAAGCUGUUUGCAGAAUGGAGUGUAAGACAUGCUUAGCCUAAGCGUGCACAUCCUCGUUUUGACAGCUUGCAGCCCUGGGCAGUUUUAAAGGAAAUUAUGCCAAAAUAGAUUUUACUUAAAUAUUUUCAGAAUGUGGGAAAUAAAGGUACUGUGACCUAGUUUCAGAUUUUUGUUUCAUUAUUCUGAAGGUCCCAAUUGGAAAAUUCAGUUACAAAGUAAAUUUUCUAUUUAAUAAACUAAAUGAAAGUAAAACUUUUAAGAAAUUUUAAAUAUUAGGGCCCAAGUUGGCUUUAUUUGCAUUUAGAAAGAUUUUUCUUUUUCUUUUUUUAAAAUACGGGGUCUCACUUCAUAGGCCUGACUGUCCUGGGACCAAGGUGGCCUCAGACUUACAGAUAUCCACCUGCCUCAUCCUCCCAACUGCUGGGAUUAAAGGCUUGUGUCACCAGAACUAGGCUUAUCCAUUUUUCUUAAUCACACUAGAAUUAAUGACUAAACUAAUCUGACUUGUGAACUGGUUUCUAGGGAAAGAUAAUGGCUGUAGUAACUGGUGGCUGUACGAGUUUUCUGCAGAAGGGAGUCUCUGUUCACUGUUGUCAACACUCCGUAUGCAGGGAGGAACAACAGGCCUUCCAAGCACAGCAUGCUUUUCUUUUCACUGGCCUCAGUAGUGUUUCUCCAGUACUAUUAAUUCAUCAUUUUUCUUUUUAAAGUAACAGACUGUUUCUCUUUUUUUG